AUGCUGGUCUUCACUGAUGACGAGGAGAGUGAAUCUGAGAGGGAGGAAGAAGCAGUGAAACGCACUACUAAAAAUCCGCCUUUACGUGGAACUACUACACUCCUGAGGACGGAGGAAAGUAGAUCGUGGCAACAACAGAAGGAGGAAGAAGAAGACGAUGAUGAUGAUGAUGACGUAGAGAUUACAUUGAUUGAAGUCCCCAAAAAGGAGGUGAAAGUGACCGAAACCCCGAAAACUACCCGACGAAGAGUCAGGACUUCUGUUAAGUCAAGACCACAAAGGACCUGUUCUUGCGCUUUCUUUUGGUUGGUUUGGAACUUUCGCUUCUUCUAUGAGGAAGAAAGCGCUGCAUCGGCUAUUGAUCUUGCAGAAAGAUCAGAUUUUUCUGUUUCUCUGCAGCCUUCACUGCAAGACCUCGUUCAAGACGAUUUAGUAUCCUCCUGUCUUUCUGCCCAAUUCUGUGACUCAUUCACUGUGCCAUUCUGA